UUGGUGCGUUUCGUUUGUUCGUGCGUUCGUUCAUUCGGGCGAGCGGGUGUGUUGUGUCGCGCUCGCCGUGCCGCUGCCUGUGACGCGGUGCGGUACAACCAUCGGGUGAAGGGUACCGCGAGCGGAAGGCACGGCCGUGGCUGGUCGCUAGACGGGCGUAGGCGAGGUUCCGUGACGGCCGUUCGGUGGCGCAGCAGAAAUUCCCCGGCUGGCGCGGGUUGGUCGACGACGUGGUUGGUGUGCGUGCAUUCUCCGUCUCGCUCCUGUGCACGACGCUCGGAUCUAGUGUGCGUGGCUCGCAGUGUAUACGUGUACGUUACUCGGCCGUGCGUACGCGUAUCUGCCCCGAGAGUCCGUCCGCGCCUCGACUUGCUGACAUGGCGUCCUAGUGCCGCGCACGGCCCAAGUUACACGUCUUCUCGCACACUACGGGAACGGGAGUUUCACCCUCUUUUUCUCACCCCGUGCUAUUGUCGUCGUUGAACCGCAAGGAUGCCAAGGUCACGAGAACGACGGACACGAUAAUCCGCGGCCCAUGAGGAGCAGAGCAGUACGAGGGCGAGUAGUAGAAGGAGCAGCAGCACGAGCGAGAGCGAGCGGUUUCGUCGUAAAGGGUGGUGGAGGCGUGGUGGAAGAACAGACGAAGGAACGAGGACGACGAAGUGGCGGUGGCAUCAGCAGCAGUGACAGUGGCGGCGGCGGCAACGCGGCGACGAACAGCGAGGUCCCCCCAUGUUAGCGGACAUCAACGGAAACCUGGAUUUGAGAAGCGAAGCGAUGGCGUCGCAGAGAUUUUGUCUGCGUUGGAACAACCAUCAGAGCAACUUGCUCUCCGUCUUCGACCAGCUGCUACACGACGAAUCUUUCGUCGACGUUACGCUGGCCGUCGAGGGACAGUUACUCAGGGCACAUAAGAUGGUGUUGUCGGCGUGUAGUCCCUACUUUCAGGCCCUGUUCGUUGGCCAUCCCGACAAGCACCCGAUAGUCAUUCUCAAGGAUGUCCCGUACGUGGAUAUGCGCAGCCUUCUGGAUUUUAUGUACCGUGGUGAGGUGAGCGUCGAUCAAGACCGAUUGACCGCAUUCCUGCGGGUCGCCGAGUCGCUGAGGAUAAAGGGCCUGACCGAAGUGAAUGAGGACAAGUGCGACAUACCGAGCAUCACAUCAUCGUUGUUGGGUGGCAGUCAGAAUGCGGUGGCACCACCGCCGCCCAGUCUCCACCGGAUCAACCAGAUUGGUGGGCAUCAUCAUCAUGCGUCGCAGAAAAGGUUUCAUCACAUGUCCAGCCAUCCGUUGCUCGGCUCGGCGCUAACAGCACCCAAGAGAAAGCGUGGCAGGCCUAGGAAACUUAGCGGCUCGUCGGACACGCCGAUCAGCGAAGUUAGUGGCCAAGAUCUACAAUCUUGCUCGGGCGCCGAUCUGGUCCAGGGCUCGCCCGAGAUGAUGGAGAUGAAGAUGGGCUUGGACUUUCAGAGUGAGGUCAGCGGCAACGGCAACGUCAGGAGCGGCGCGUCGUCCGCCAACAAUUCUGGCGCAGCCAGCAAUCCCACCGGUACUGCAUCGUCGAGGAGAGACGAACCAACGGAAAACGGUACCGACACACCGGAACCACCGCUCACGCGGGUCAAACGCGAACCGGAACCGACACCCAGCACCUCGCAAGCUUCAGAUGAGACAUUCGCGCGGCCGCACAGUAGACAAGGGAGUGAGGGUUUCAAGCAAGAACUGGAGGAGACGUCGAGUGGCGGUGGCGACAGCGGCGAACCGCCGACUCACAUCCGCAUCAAUUUUGAACGGUGCUUUCGCAAGGAGUUCAGCACGUCAACCCUGCAGGGUAAGGGUACGUCGACCGCCACCGCCGCCACGAUGGGUGACGAUCAGCAACAGCAACACUCAGACUCCGAAAUGGAGACAAAGACGAUGUCGAAGGACAGCAUAAGCAGUGCCAUAUUUAGCGUGAUGGCCGGCGAGGCAGAGAUUAGUCAGAGUGACUUCGAGGGUUCGUUCAAGGCCGAGAACGAGCGCACGGAGGGAUCCGUACGGGAUUUCUGCGUGAAGGAGGGCGACGUUUACCGGUGCACCGUGUGCCAUCGCACGUACACACACAUCAGCAAUUUCUGUCGGCAUUACGUCACUUCGCACAAGCCUAACGUCAAGUACUACCCCUGCCCGGUCUGCUACAAAGAGUUCACCAGGAAAGACAACAUGGUCGCCCACGUCAAGAUCAUACAUAGCAUUAAGCCGCAACUGAGUCUCAGUAGCAAUAGUGGCAGUAGCAGCAGCAUGGGCCAGCCACGGUAGACCACCGCCGGCUGGUCGCCUUCUUGUCCUGCCUUCUCCCUCGGCCCACGCUUUUUCGGCUCCAUGCGAGGGCCCGUGACGCCUGAAACGCUAUGAGAUUUCACAUAGUAUCGUGAUAUUAUGAGAUAGGUUUCCAAGAAUUUAUGCCAAGGCUUUUUAGCGACUUUAGUAUCAGGAUUCUAAAACUCAGAAAUUGUCGUGAUACGGUCGCAAAAAUAUCAUCGCAUAAUCGUCGCGAUAAAAUAUCAGGAGAUUCGUUCAACGAAUCAUGGGUCGCUUGUCCAGAAGACGGGACCAAGGAACGUAAAAGCGAGGGAGAGGCAGAGAAGCUCAAGGAAAACGCGAGAGAGGCCGGCCGAAACGCCUCAAAGUCAGUGCGCUCCUGCGAGCGAAAAGAGAGGAAAUAAUAAAUAGGUAGAUAGAGAACGCGUAAGCGGUUAGAUAGGUAGGCAAGCAGGGCUGAUUUUACGGAACGGGUGGAUUGGAAUGACUAUAGAGGAGGGAUGGGGAUACACGGAGCGUAGUUGGAUGUGCAAGAUUCAAGCUAUGAAUGUCGUCGAAGAAAUACGCGGUUAGUCUGCACGCGAGCGUUUCCUGGCGGGAUUUUCGGCGUGGACGCUGAAGCUGUCACGUUCGUUCGUAACGUGAUGCCGCAUAAUGCGCCGCGAGCGCGAAGUGCGGGUCUGACCAAGUCCAGUACGCGUUAAGAUAAAAAUUCAAGCAGCUAUUAAAGCUAAUAUCUACGCGAUACUUAAAUUAUUAACGAGGUGUGCCAACGACCCGUGAAAUGAUACCUUAACGGUAUACUUGGUACUCUCUAUUACAGUAGGCGUUAUUGCCUACGACGCGCGUGAUCCUGCCCUGGAUUCUAUUCCCGCUCCUGGUCCUGGUCCCGAUCCUGAUCCUGACGUUAGCUCUAGUUAUCUUUUAUCAAUUUCCGUGCCUUUGUGGAUCCACAACGCGCACGCUACUGCAUUUUGCGGCAUGCGACAUCUAAAAGAUUGCGAAUUCUAUUUCCGAUGGAAGCGACGGAAGUCCCAGAAACGAUUCGCUCGCGCGCACGCGUAAUACAAGCAACGGGCAUUAAAGUUACAAAAUGAACGAGCUUUACCGUAUUCGCCUUGAUAAAGAGGGACGAAGCGGCUCUAAAAAAGAAAAAGAAGAGGCUUUGCACUGCAUCAAAGAGUUUACACAAACCUAACUUACGCGCUCGUUGCAUCGUCUCAAUACGGUUCGUAUAACGAGUGAUUAAGAGCAGUUAUCGCAUAGUGAAGAGAAACGUCACAUGUAAAUUCGAAUCAACACAUAAAGACAGGGGGAGAAAGAGAGAAUAUAUUUACUAUCGCCUGACUAUAUUACUUUGCAGAGAGAGAAUCAAACUCGCCAGCUGAUGGCAGCUCGGUGAUACAUUUCUUACGAGAUGCAUGCGUUCGCGCGCGCGUUUUGCCCUUGAUACUUCGUACUCGUCUCCCGAACAGGAGAGAUCUGAGUGGAAAGUAUUGCUAGGGAUCAUUAUCGUCACACGUAGCAAUAAAGAAGCAACGCUCGUGAUGUUAAAAAACAGGGAGACGCAUCAGUUACGUACAGUAGUCCGUUAUUCAUAUUUGUUGAGCCUUUUAAGGGAGACUAGAUCAAGCUUAUGAGAAACUCGUCCUAUAGAAGGAUGAAAGGGAGCAAAUCGGGGCGAUACGCGCACGCAUGCGUUAUAAAUAAUAAGGAAACUACGUAGACUGAGUAAAUGCAAUAUAUAUAUAUGUAUUGAUGACCGUUCGCCAUGUUGUUGUUGAACCGUUUUGGGUCGCGAAUGUUGCGAUGAAGCACAUUUUGGAGCACAGAGCCAGGAGGGAAGCGGUGAUGAUGGGGGUGGAGGGACGGAACGGAAAGCGCAAUCUCGCGAAAGACUGCAGAGGGACGGUUUUAACGACACCAAAUACAAGAUAGUACUGACAUUGGAUAGACUGAAGGCACCUUAGUAGUAACUUAACGCCGCCCGCCACGCCGCACCGUCCCGUCCGCUUGGUCGGAUUCGCUUCCGGGAUGCUUUUAUUUACUUGUUUGCUGUGUUUAACCACAUAUUCUGCUUGUCGUUAGAUCGCGCCGUUAGAUCAUUGUCAUCGAAGUUACCAGAUCUGUCUGCCGAGAGAGCUUUCACCGACAGCGCCUUUUUAUUCCGAGUGCAAUAGUAGUUUUGCGUUUUAACGUCACGUUUUAUCAAUCAAACGGUGUGAUUAUCAAUUACACAAUCAAAGAAGAAUUACAAAAGAAGCAAUAACACGUGUGAUAAUACAAUAACAGGAAAGGAAAAAUCUAUCAUGAUGGAUCAUUGAUACUUUAUUCGGCGGGAAAGAUGUUCGCGAGAUUCAAAUCAUGAACGAUCUCGCUGAUCGGCUGAACAAGAGCUGCGCGGUUGGUGCGGUAAUGGCGGUAGAGGCUUAGUCGCGAGAGAAAGCACUAAAAAAAAGAAGAUACGAGAUCGUAGCUUACUAUAUUUUGCACCUUACACUCCGUCGGGCGCCCUCCCUCCAUGAGAGGGGCAAGACGAUUUAUAUACAAAUUUUUCACUAGUUGGGCAUAGACGUUAGACGACUAGAGGCUACAUAAUGAUAACUAUAACUAUUAUCAUUAUUAUUACUGCUACUAUUAAUUAGUUAUUACAAGUAACGGAGACUUUCGUUGUUACUUUAAUGCGCGGCAGGUUCUGGGAUGGGCGUCGCCACGCGCAAUCGACCAGUGUUGUUCGUUCGUUAUUCAAGAGGUAUUUAGCGUUGCAAAGAUAACAAAAGAGUAUAGUCGUAAGGACCGGAUCAUCGCUGCGAGUAACAGUGGGCCUCGUGAUACGAUCUCUCCGUAAUAAGUGCUUUCGAUUGUUUUACCGGAUGGGGAGACGCUCCAAAACAUCAGGGCUCCAAAUUUUCUAAAGUUGAAGCAAUCGAUCCCGAGACUGUAGAGCAUUUCUUCGCGAGAGAUUUAUACAUAUAUUUAAAUGGAAUAUAUAUCAAUUGUAGAGUAUUUCCCCUUGUGUAGUGUUGGAGCAAUGGCUCGCAGUUACCGAGAGCACUCGCUCCGCGAGGUUUCAUUCACGGGGCUCAGUGAGAUCGCGUCGCGAUUCGAGUGUACUUUUAGAGGAAUAGAGAGGGUUCUAUAUCUAUUAAUUAGUCAGAGGCAGCAAAGAUAGCAAAGUAGACUUAGGAGGGUGAAAGGGAUACGGCGAGUUGUUGGGGUAAGAAGAAAUCGGAUCGGGGGCAGGGUUCGUUUUGUCGACGUUAAGAAGAAGAGGGAUGGGUGAUGGGCCGUGCCGUACAGUUUCGCGCGCACUCAGGUCAAUUAUCCGCGAUACAUUCAAAACUUUGAUGGACCAAAGAGCUUUUUAUCGACCCUUGUAGAUUAUUCACCCCGACGUGAGAGACGUAAGUGUCUCGGAGAAAUCUCGCGCGAGCCUCCAAGCCCAGAAUAUACGGAUGUAGUAACAUGGACUGUUCUUUUAAUAUUUGACUUGUAUUCUUCAAUUUUUAUUGUUGAGAUUGCAAAGCAUAAAUAGAGCUCAAUUUUUCGAUUUUAAUUUACUAGGUCGGUGCAUAAGUUCUAGCUAUUCAGAUAAAAAAAUCGGCAAGAACUUGUGCACCGACCUGAUAGAAUAAUACAGUACAAUCAACUUAUAGUCGCGGUAUAUUUGCAUUGCCAAUGUCGGUCUGGGACUUUGAGGCUUCGCUAUCAGGUCAAUUACUAUCCGCGUUAUUCGAAACUUCGAUGGACCAAAGAGCAUCUGAGGAUCCCGAUAGGACUCCCUAAGCACCCUAGAGGAAUAUCGCAUGAGGGUGAAGGAGGAAGGCCCAUCACGGCCCAGUUCCUCACGAUGGGUUGUCAUGGCUCGUCCGGCAUGUGUGCGCGAUGACACGGCAGGAAAAUUUAGGGGAAUUGGAUGGAUUUUUACAAGAAAGAGGGAAAACAAGAAAAGUGCAAAGAGGCAGCGGCUAGACAGCUUAUAUCGAUUUCUAGAAAAAGGAAGCAAGCAAAUAAUAAUUAAUGAAUACACUCACGUUUGAUAAUCACUGAGAGGCUAAGACUAACUCAUUUAAUUAAAGGAUGGGCAAGAUGAGAAGAAUUAUGUCGCUCUGAGGCAGAGAAUCACUCACGAGAGAGACCGUCUGCAAGUCCCUUCGACGUGAUUGGCUAUUUUUCGGAUUUUCUCGGGACGUUGCGAUUUUUCGCGAAAACUUUAACACCUCGACUUGAUCAUAGUACUGUUUCGCGAGUGUGGACCUGCAGGGCUCUCGUGCGCGGUUUAGAGUCGCGAUUUUAAACAGUCUGUACAAUAAUUAGCUUUGGUUCACCCUAGUCGAUGUCUGCGUGAGAAGCGCGAAAAAGGGUGUGAGAACUGGAGAUUAUCUCUUUGGCGCGAUUCGCUUUCGUUCUCACAUUUCUGCAAUUUACUCUUACGCGCUUUUUCAAAUGUCUGCAUACCAAAGGAUCAUAGAUUUAUAUGUAUAUAUAGUACCUUAUCAUCAUUUAAAAUAUUCAUUAUAAAAUAUUCGUUCUUUACAAUCUUUCAUUGAAGUUUAGUUUGGCAUCUCCUUCGUGGUGAGAAGCUGGACCAAACGUCUUGGGAAGAUCUUGUUCAUCGUAAAAUUAAAAUCGAUCUAUUCUCGAUUUGUAGAGUAAGUCUUGAUAGCUUUAGUAGGUCUCCGAGCUUUUCAGAAUUAUCGCAGCUUUUAUUUGCAAUUUUUUUAAUACGCAGAAUUGUUCUCACACGACCAACGUUGGCAUACAUUCUGCCAGUAAUCUUCUGGCAUAAUCUUCGUGAAUGUUAUCACAUCCUUUUGUGGCAAUCAGGGCAGUUACAGAGAGCAAUUUGCGACCUGCGCGACUUGCGGCACGUGACAGUAGAUCGGCCGAUCCUCGUGCUCGUUCUGGAUUCCUCGCCUUGGCAUCGGAAGGCUCGUGAUCAGAAUAAAUCGCUGUUAAAGAAGUGCGAUGAAGAUCCAACAACUGAUCUUGAGGCACGUUGUUUAAAUUUGUAAUGUUUAAAGGGAGAGAGAGAGAAAGAGAGGAAAGAAAUUCGCUCACGUUCGUUGCCUUCGAUGUUGUUGAACUUUUAGAGUUAAGGUUGUUAAAAAGCGUUUUCAGUCGUUGCCAAUCGUGAGAGGGACAAUCGCGGGAGGGGCUUUUGCGCGAUUGACGGUACAAAAAAAGAAAAUACACACGUCAGGUCCCUGUAUAUUCGUACAAAAUUAGUGUUCAAAUUGUAAAAAGUGUUCAUAAUAGUAAAGGAAGAGAUGUCGCGCUGUGAGGAAUCAAUCUUUUACCGCGCGAGGAUGCUCGCUGUAUCCGCAACGCGUGUCGCAUCGCUCGGUCAAGUUUUAUUGUCGAAAAUUUCAUAUUUUCGGAUUCUCGGAAUCAAAAUACGUAGAUCGUGUGUUACAUACGCUCGUCCGGGCUUUUAGAUAAGCUUCGAGAGUCUGCACAUGGUACAAUCGGAAUUGGAUUCUGAUGUACGCUAGAUUUUGUUAAUAUUUGUUAGAUUGUACAUAUCAUGCGAAAUUUUAUAGUAUCGUUGUGUAUCUUCAAAUUUUAUAUAUAGCAUUCUCGUGUAUGUAUUUAUUAUGUUGUAAAAUUGUGUCGUGUCGCCCCAAGAGGGAUCCGCACGCAGAAUUCAUAAUCUGCACAACAAAUGCAACUUUCUGCAACUGCCUUUUACCUGCAUCUCGAGGGGAGCGCAACAUCAGCGUAAAAUCGGCACAAGAUUAUCGCUGUUGCGCUCUCCUGCGACCAUAACUUUCUCACGCUCGCAUCGCGGGUGGCGACGGUCUCGUCGAUGAGUUUCGGACAUGGUCGCUUUACACGUUUAAUUAAUGGAGUUUCAUGCAGAGACAGGUAGGCGAGAGACGAGUGAGCGUGGUAAUAAAUUACGAUAUAUACAUAGAAGAAUAUAUAUAUAUAUUAUAUAAAAAUAUGAAUAUAUUAUAUUUAUAUGAGUGACUCCUGUGCAAAGGUAUCGCGCCGGGAUUUUUCUCAUUUCGUUUUUUCGUUUGUCCCCUCCCUGUGGAAGGGACCACCAGUCAAUAUGUAUCGGUUAUUCUUGUAAGUUUCUCUUGCGCGACUUUUGCAAGGAGAAGCCGAUCAUUGCGAGAGAAAGAGAGGGAGAGAGAGAAAAAAGAAAGAAAGAAAGAAGUUUAAUUUACGAGGCUUAAAAAGCAGACUGUACUAUCGAAUAGAUUUUAAUAUAUAUAUAUUAAAGUAAAAGAUAUAUAUAUAUAUAUAUACAUACAUCUAUAUAUAUUAAAGAAAAGAAUCAUAGUUUAUUAUCGCAAUUAAAUUACCCACGGAUGUACACGUAUACGGAGAGAAAGAGAAAGAGCGAGAGGGAGAGAGAGAAAGAUACACAUAUACAAAUGAUACAUAUUAUAUAUAUAUAUUAUAUAUAUAUUAUUGCGAUUAUUAUUAUUAUUACGAUUAUUAUUAUUAUUAUUAUAUAUUAUAUAUAUUAACAGAAGUUAUAUCGAAUAUAUUUUAGCGCUAGUUGAUAAUACCUAUUAUAUAUAACGUCGUUGCAGUUUCGAGACGAUGCGUCAGAAAACGAGGGCAAAAAUAAGAAAUAAGAAAAAAAAAUGAAACAAAUAGAUGAGCCGAGAUCGAGGAUCGCGAGGACCGAAAUGGUCGCGAAAUUGAAAAGGUUCGCUCGAUCCCAGAAAUUUUUGUAAAUGUAAAUUAAAUACGAAAACGCGCGUUUUAUGUGUGUGAAUUAUAACGUGUUGCUCCUCAUGCGGGAUCCGGUGUUUUAACGCGCGAGCAGUCCCCCGGUUCGGUGCCUUUUUAAACGACAUAAAAUGACGACGAUGUUGGGGAGAAAAAAAGAAUACGGAGCGCUUGAAGAUCGUAGAGCAAGAGGGCGAAUAAAGAAAAAAAAGAAAUCGAGUAAAUUGUUAUCGCGCGCGCGCAUUUCUGUCCCUUCGUCGAAGGGACGGGAUCGGCGAUCGCAUUCUCAGUGCCAAAUAUAAAGGAGUGACUCGCCCUUCGAGGGGACGAGGAAUUAAUAAAAAAAAAAAAUAAAAAGAAAGAGAGGGCGAAAAUUUUAUAGGCAAUUUUUCUAGAGCUGUCGAGUCUUUUCUGACGCUGGGUAGACUUAGUAUAUUUUAUAUGCACUGAUUGUUCGACUAUGACUAUCGAUAAUAAAAAGAACGGUGUUCAAUAGAUUGUAA